AUGGUGCUGUGCUGGUAUUCGUGGGGAAAAGGGGGGGAGAGGGGGGAAGAGGAGGAGGAGGAGGAGGAGGAGGAGGAGGAGGAGGAGGAGGAGGAGGAGGAGGAGGAGGAGGAGGAGGAGGAGGAGGAGGAGGAGGAGGAGGAGGAGGAGGAGGGGGAGGAGGAGGGGGAGAGCACCGCCAGCACCACGACCACCACGGCGAUGAUGACUGUGGUGUAG